AACAUCUUUCAUUAUGAAGGCGAUCACUGUGACUGGCGUGAUUUUUGCCUUUGGAUUUCCGAGUCUCCCAUCUUCUACUGGUCAUGAACAGAUACCACUCAAAACACAGGAUGGCGGCGAAACAUGGCUUUCGAAGUAUGGAAAACAGAUUGAUCAGCCUUUCUCUGGUCCAUUAGCUUUCUCUCACUUACCAUACACACGCUGUUUGGAGGAUGAGUCCGCUGCAUUUGAUAUCGCACUUCUCGGAAUGCCCUUCGAUACUGGGACCUCUUAUCGCCCGGGUGCUCGUUUUGGACCUUAUGCUAUCCGCUCAGGAAGCAGAAGGCAAAGAGGUUCUCGAGGGUAUACGCUAGCCUGGGGAAACAACCCUUACGAGCUAGGCUCUGAAAUAUUAGAUUGUGGUGAUGUACCUGUCAUGCCCUUUGACAAUGCGCUAGCGAUCGACCAGAUGGAAGUUGCGUACUCCACACUAUUAGCGAGGACUAUAGCUUCUAGUUCCACAUCUUGGCCUCAAGGCGCAGUUAUCGCGAAUGAUGAACGUGAACAUCCAAGGAUUAUCACUUUGGGCGGGGAUCACACUAUUGUACUUCCCAUACUCCGUUCCUUGAAUAAGGUGUAUGGUCCUGUAUCUGUCAUACACUUUGAUGCACAUUUGGAUACGUGGGCAAGCUAUCCUGGUUCAAUGACUGAGCAGUCACGAAUCACUCAUGGGACAUUUUUCUACAUUGCUCAAGAGGAAGGUCUGAUCGCGAAUUCAAGUAUACAUGCUGGCAUCAGAUGUAAAUUACAAGGCCUUGGCGAUAUCGAGAAUGAUAGUGCAGUCGGAUUUCAGGUUAUCACCACCGACGAUAUCGAUGAUCAUGGAAUUCCAGCGAUAAUUGAACAAAUCAGACGGCGGGUUGGAUCUUCUCCUGUUUACCUUAGCCUUGAUAUAGAUGUCAUUGAUCCUGGUUUAGCCCCAGCAACAGGAACCCCCGAAGCUGGUGGCUGGACAAGCAGAGAAGUGAAGAGAAUAAUUCGUGGUCUGGCGGGCUUGAAUUUUGUCGGUGCAGACGUCGUUGAAGUCGCGCCCGCUUAUGAUCAUGCCGAAAUCACAGGCAUCGCGGCUGCAGAUAUCGUACACGAUUUCCUGUCGAUGUUCUUGUCUCACGAACCUCCUACAUCACCCGCAUACCCCGGUCGAAUGCCUAAAGAUGAACUGUGAUCUUUUUGACCGUUCAGACCUCAGGUUAACUUCGGACAAAAUAUAUAGUAUAUACCAUGCUUUCGCGAUGUUAUGCCAUUCCCAAUGUUGACAAUC